AUGUCCUCAGUGACAGAUCCAGAGGCUAUCAUCAGUGGGUUCGUUAGUGGCAUACAUCCAGCUUUCGUCAUUACCGUGGCAAAUACUGCUUUCUCUGCCUCUUUGUUUACCCUUUUUGUUGUCCUUCUUGCCCUCUCCACCAAAGAGUCUCGACGCCGUGUGAUAUUCCGACUAAAUGUGUUUGCUAUCUGUAUCGUCUUAACAAUGGGCAUAGUGAUCGGCUUCUGCAACGGGAAGAUCGUAGUAGGCCGACUCUAUUGGAUGCCGCCAAGUGUUCCUAUUGCUGCAGUCGCCUUCACUGUCUUCCCACCGUUACUGUGCGACUCGAUAUUGUUAUCUCGCCUCUUUGCACUGUAUCCCCUCCGCAGUACAUCUUCAGCCACUCUCUUGAAGAUACUUGCAUUCCCAUUCUGCGUCAAAAGCGCUCGAGUGGUAGUUCUCACUCUUUUCCUCAAUGACUAUGUCAGGUCCGCGACGACAGCUCCAGGUCUCCUCUGGGGUGAGGACGCCACCUGGUUCCGUAACCCUCGCUUAAUCGCGGAAUGGACAUUGCAAAUAGCAGACAACUCUCUCUUCCUUUACAACCUCUAUGUCCGCGCGGGUUCAGUAACACGUCAAGGUGGGAUGACAGCCCGUAUCCGCCAGGUCUUUUACAUUUCCGCCGCCAAUUUCGUCCUCCCUCUCAUCUUUAGCAUCGUAUUAAUAAUUCUCUUCGCAACUCCACGGCUCCUCGCUAUCGGCGAGCUUCUAUGGUUGAUCAACGGCUACGUAACCGCCCUGGGUGUGUUGUGUGCAACGCUCUGGUUUUCAGGAUCAGAGUGGGCUCGGAUCCGCAAUGAACCAUCAUCCAGCAACAUUUUCUCGUUUAAACCGACCUUGCAAAGGGAAUGUGACAGGAAACAUGGGUGUGAAAUUGCAGUAGUUGGCGAGAGGUUUGUCACACCAGACAUAGUAGGCAUUGACUUCGCUCGCGGCGGACUGCAAAGCUCCCCCCCCACUGACGGAAGAGAGUAG